UCAUUUUUGGGGCGUGACAACGGGACAAUGUAAACAUUGUGACGAUAUCGCAGAAAACAUGAGUGUCCAGUAGACAAGUGUUCUUACUGGGUGAUGUGAAUGAAACAUAACUGGAAGGAUCGUCAAACAAAUUGCAAAGUACAUUAUCAAGUUAAGAUCGAUCAACAACUCGAACGUCCAUUUUCUAACUUACAGAGCAAAAUGGCGGAUAUUUUGAAGAGGACUGUUGUUCAAUUUAUAUUAUGGAUUGUAGUUACCUUCCAAAGUGAAGCAAGUGGUUUCAAGCGUGUGUGUUACUAUACAAAUUGGUCAGAAAGCAGAGCAGUUGUGGAUUUCCGGUUCCACUUGAAGGAACAUUUGGACCCCUUUCUGUGCACACAUCUUAUCUACGCAUUUGCCAACAUAAACCCAACGGAACUCCGAAUUGAACGGGUGUAUUCCUCGGAAGAUGACGGGAAAGUUCCCGGAUCCGGAUUAAUGUUCGAUUUCACGGCCCUAAAAAAGAAAAAUCCAAAGUUAAAAACUAUUUUAUCAAUAGGAGGGGAACAUUCAGGAGAGUUUCAACUAAUCAUGGGCUCUGAUAAAAAUAUUAAAACUUUUGCCCAAAAUAUAUACAUCUAUAUACGUGAUCGUAAUUUUGACGGGAUUGAUAUUGAUUGGGAGUAUCCAGGAGCCAUUUACAAGAACGAAUUUGUCAUAUUUCUUAAGGAAUUGAGAGCAGUGUUUGCCGCCGAAGCCAAGCAAACAGGAAAUGAAGAGAAAUCUAUAUCAAUAGCCGGAGCACCAGGGAUUAGCAACAUAGAAACCUCGUACAACAUCACGGAAAUCGUCAAGUAUGUGGAUUUCAUUAACGUCAUGGCGUACGACUACUCUGGGCCUUGGAGCCACAAGACCGGGUUUAUGGCACCACUGUACUCAAGAUCGUCUGAUAAAAGUUUCGACCAAACGUUAUCGCAGAAUUGGACAAUGAACAAAUACCUGGAACUAGGGGCACCCCCCGAAAAGCUGGUUAUGGGCAUCCAUGGCGCGGGAAGCAGCUUCACCCUGGCCAACAACAGUAAUCACGGCAUAGGAGACGCCGUGUCCGGUGGGGGCGAGAAGGGACCACUACUGAAAUUUGCAGGACGAUUAGCUUACCCAGAGAUAUGCAAGAUGAGGAAGGAAGAAACAGUUUAUGACGAGGAACAGAAACAGAAGUACACGUACUACGGCUCCCAGUGGGUCGGCUAUGAGGACCCAGACACCAUCCUAAUGAAGGUUCAAUACGCAAUAAACAACAACUUUAGUGGGGUCAUGUUUUGGUCCCUUGAUUUGGACGAUUUUUUGGGCAGCCACUGUCACCAAGGGAAAUAUCCAUUACUCUCAGUAGUAAAGAAAGUUUCGGAACUUCUAGCUCAAAAUACAACACCAGAUCCGACUCAUUCACAGCCAAUCAAAACCAAACCAACCACGACGACAGUAUGGCCGCCAAAAGAUGGCGGAUUCAAAUUAUUUAUCAUCGAUUCAAGGAAUUCCACACCACUCCUAACAUUUCCAUGUCUCAUUCUUUUGCUAUUAUUUUCUCUGUGUGUCUUAUUUAUUAAUCAUCCUUAAGUGUCUUUUUGUGAAUUGUUUGUUAACUUAAGAUUAAACAAAAUCUUAAGUUUCCUGUUUUGAUAAACCGUCUUUAGUCUUUAACAUUCUAAAAUUUAGACCUGGUGAAACAAAGGUAACAUUUCAAAAGACACUUAUGUAUUGCUGUUUACAAAUUUACUGUAAAAACAGAUAGGGUGCUUACAAUUCAAGGGAUAAAUUGUGAGGGGACAUUGUGAUCCACUGGAACAAAGCAACGAUGUUUUUCUUAACAAAAGGUAAACAUUAAGGACCCAGAAGGCAAACUUUUUCAACCUUCAGCUAAAUAUCUUUAUAACUCACCAACUAUGUGCGAUGGAUUUGAAAGUGUGUAAACACCGCCAUAUGUAAAAAACGGUGAAAACAAAAAUUAGUCACGAAAUACAGUAGCAUUUUUUGCCAAGUAUUUUAAAGAUUCCAAUGGUUUUUAAUAUGCACAAUGCUAGAAAUUCCACGAGCCUCAAUCUCGAGGACCUGCAGAUUCUGAUGCUUUACAUUCGAUAAUAUAAAACUGAAACUUUCUGUACAUGAUACCAUAAAAUAUUGCUUUUAAAGGAAAGCCUAUUAUUGUUUCUGAAUUGAACGACUCUCUAUAGUCUCUAGAUUGAUAUUAUAUACCUAUUUACUAGCUACGAGGCCGAUAACAAGUUUAUUGUCCCCCAAGACAGAAACUAUUUUACGAGAAGCCGAAUAGUCAGUGAAUAUGUAUUCUAUUAUACCAAUAUAAACCGUCUUUAGUCUUUAACAUUCUAAAAUUUAGACCUGGUGAAACAAAGGUAACAUUUCAAAAGACACUUAUGUAUUGCUGUUUACAAAUUUACUGUAAAAACAGAUAGGGUGCUUACAAUUCAAGGGAUAAAUUGUGAGGGGACAUUGUGAUCCACUGGAACAAAGCAACGAU